UUUAUAGAUACCAUACUUCAUAGUCAAGUGAAACACAUUAUGAGUCACACUGAAACUAUUUACCAAGAAUAUCAAUUAAUGCUUGGGUAAAGUGACGAAAGUAUUGUUGAGUUGUUCAGGACGGAAAUGAAAUUAUGAAAGUUGUAGUCAUGAUGAAGAAUAUGUAUCAAGCUAUUUCUAGCGAAGAGAGAAGCUUCACAGCCUACAUAUUUUGUGAACAAAAACAAUGCGUUUCACUAAUAUACAAUUUUGUACAAGUACGAGUUUGUUUGUUUUUUAAAUUGAGUUUAAAUAAAUAAAUAAAUAAUGACAGGUUACUAUUUUCAUAAAGCAAGGAUCGCCAAUGUUGCCUUUAUUGUUAUUUUGUUUGCAGAGAAAAACAAAGGUUGUCCCUUGGCUGAGGAAGGCAAACCGUACAGUUUUGUCAGCUCAUUCAUGCAUAACUUCAGCGAUUCAGUGGAUUGCACAUGGCAAAAAGAUGGCAGACCUUUGUCUAUGUGUAAUCACAAUUUGCUAUGUAUUGAUGUGUUGCCGACCAACACAAUUACAACUUUGAAACAAACCAACAGGACUGUGUAUGCAUUCAAUUUAACACUCUCAUCUGUAUCCCGAGACGAUACAGCCUUAUGGUCUCUACGUUACAUGUUACCAGCAAGUGAGAAAUGGCCAUAUCCUUUGUACACAUGCAAUUUAUCAACAUAUGCCAGAGGCAACAACAGCAUCUGUGAAGAAACUGUUCAAAGCGAUAACCUCAAGAUAUCCUGUACUAUAUUGAACAUUUACCCUCAAGCAAAUGGUCAGCUGUUUAUAACAUCCAGUCUUUCGGCAAGAAUACACAGACAUAUGGAGUGUUAUCAUAAUGUAUCGGCUAGCAAGCCUGACUACUACACGUCGAGAUGUGAAACUCAGAUAGCUCUAAGAAAUAUAAAUGUGACUUCAGACUCACUUUAUGUAGCGAUAUAUCCUAGUUUAAGAAAUACAGAAGAGGAUACUAAAUAUGGACAAAAUGUUAAACUACAGAGGUUCAAAUCUGCUUCAAUUUUGGCAUUACAUGGCUGCCAGGAAAUAAUUGAACUGGGUGAAAGUAUACAUUGUUCAUGUAGGCCUAACGAUGAUUCUACAAUUCCAACACAGAUUGCUUGGUAUGAUAGGAGCAAUUCAGUAUUAAGCAUUGGAAAUUUCAAACUUUCUGUUACAGCCACAGCUAUCAACGAAGAAUAUGUUUGUCGAGGACGUACGGUUGUUGGAGUCGAAAGUGUUCCUGUUUUUUAUAAACCUCAGUAUUUCAAAAGAGGCUUAAAUUUAAGAUGUGAGGUCAAGACCUAUGACACAUAUUUAUUGAUAAAUUGUAGCACUAGCAGAAUUUACCCAGAAGGAGCGUGUUUUUUUACGUUUCAAGGGGAAGAUUUUCUUAGUAAUGGUCUAAGGAACAUACCAGGAUUACCAUUUGUCAACGAAUAUAUGACACUGUGUAAUUUUACACUCUCGACUAUAACAUUGAGAGACGGUAAUUACACAAUAGCUGUUAACGUUUACCCUGUUAUAACUGGUACUCAUAGAGACAGAUUUUAUGGAACAAAUUAUACCAUAACUUUUCAUCAUAAAUAUGUGAGUUCGAUUCAAAAUAUGGAUGCUCGGUUGGAUCUUGCUCAUGGACAAGUAGUUCUAAGUAUUUCUGUUUCUGCGCUAGUCAUUGUUCUGAUUAUUUCGUUCAUAUGUGUUUGGAAAAAAUUAGGGUAUAGAAAAUGUGUACAGUCUAAACAGGAGUUACAUCUUCAGAACAGUAGCAGCGAAUACGCCAACGUAUCAUCAUCACAGAACAAUGUACCAUUGGACGGAUUAUAUUCUAAUAGUAAAGUCAUAGCGCAUCGCUCUCUUUUUCAAGAGGUCCAAAAUGUUCAUUAUAGAGAAAUAACAUCAAUUAAUUACGUAACUUCGGAUUUCGUUGAUAAUGUUUCGUAUAUCACUAUACUUGAUUGAAUUCAAAACGUAUUUAUGCAAUUAUAUAACAUUGUUUAAAUAUUAAACGGUUAUGAUUAUUUGUAAUUAACUGUUUCGUAGGCCUAGUUAGAUUUGAUAUGUACACUCAAAUCUGUUAAAGUGGACAACCGGUUAAUGGGAAAAAAGUCACAUUUGGACGAAUCCUAAAGUACCAAAACAAAUGUUAUUGUGCAGUCGAAUCGGGUAAAUUGAAUCAGACGGUUAUUAGGACCAAAACGAUAAUGUUCCGAUAUGGUUUGAUUAACCAUAUUGAAUUGUAUUAUAUAGAAGCCUAAUUUAGAUUUGGACGGCUGACUGACCAUAAACUAUGCGUUUCGCACAGUCACUUAAUAGCCGACAAUCCCUGUAGGAUUUUCAAUUAAAUAUAUACUGAUAAGUAUUACCUUGAAAUCUAUCAUAAAAUUAUGUACCAAUGAUAAUGUGCUCGUUUAUGUACCUAUCUUAAAAAUGUUGGAUUCUAUUUAUUUUUUUUUUUUUAUAAAUAAAAUUAUUUUACUAGAAAAUUGUCAUUCUUUUAAUUAAUGUGAUGUAAUGUAACUAGCAAUACAAUAUUUAGUUCUGGCCGCUCAAGUAUUAUACAUUUAUUCAGUACCCAUCCCAUUUUUGUAAUUGCGUUUAUUAACUUAUUUUUUCUGGUUAUUCGGCUUUCUUUCCGUACUGUAUCAGGUUAAUUUUUCUGCUCCAUGUCAUUUCAUCCUCGGUCACUUCAUUCCCGGUCAUUUCAUCCACAGUCAUUUCAUCCCCAGUCAUUUCAUCCUCGGUCAUUUUAUCCAAAGUCAUCUCAUACUCGGUCACUUCAUUCCCGGUUAUUUCAUCCACAGUCAUUUCAACUUCGGUAACUUCAUGCCCUGAUAAUUAUAUCAUCUGAGCCAAAAUAAAAUGGUUAAAUAUAUAUACAAUUAACAACAUAUCAUACAUCUAAUUAUAUCAACAUGACAAAAAAAUGGGACAGAUCAAACAAAAUAUAUAAAGUUUAAUAUCUAUAGAUAUUGAGCUAAGGAUUUUUUUUUAUUGCUUGUUAAUCGAAAUCGAAAAGAGAGACAUGCUAUUGAUCAUAGGUACAGAAGACGAUCCAUUGAUUCGUAUCACUGUACCUCGUUUGCAAUUUUUUUGCUAGGAUAUUCUUCUACGCCACAUUUUAUAACUUUAAUUUUUUAACGCGAUUUUUUAUUAAAGCGUAUGUAGGCGAUAUUAGUAGGUGAUAUGAUUCGGCUCCAGAGGAGGAUUGAAGUCAAAGUUAACUAGAAUAAAUAAAACAUUAUCUUAAAACACAAAAAAUGACGCUCCUAUAUUCACAAAAGAAUAAUUUCACAAAUUGCAUCUCUUUCUAUAUAUAUAUAUAUAUAUAUAUAUAUAUAUAUUUACACUUUUUCUUUUUGACUAUCAAUACAAUUUAAAAGCUUUUGAUUUUGAUCUAUAACAGAACGGAUGCUAAAAAAAAAAAGAAAAUAAAUAAAUGGUCAAUAUGUCCUAGUAAGAAAACAGUUGUAAAUAACGCUUAUUGGGUUUAUCUACUGUUAGUUGUAUUGAGCCUUCGAUGUUAAAUGCAGAUUCUAAAACUAAGACGACAAGAUAAAGUAAGCCGAUGACAAUAAUGGACCAAAUGCAAAUUGACGUCAAGUGGCCGAUACAUGGCAAGCAAUUCAAAGUAAGAACAUUAAUCUAUAACAAGUGUCAGGACAUUAGCACUACAUUCAGCAGUUGCUUUCACUGGAUUGCACCUGUUCUCUAAAUGCCACAGGUUCUAAUUUCACAGGAUAUAUGAGCUAUGUGUUGACAUUAUGGGAGAGUUUCAAUCUGAUACAAUGUAAAACUGACAUAAAUCUCUUUGGCAUUUAAGAGAACAAAUGAUACACGCAAUUUAAAAGGAAGUCCAAAUACAGGGGGUCCUAGAUCAUAGAUUAAAGCAGAUU